AUGGAGAGCAUCCUCUCCUUCUUCCUUUGCGGUCAGGGUGUCCGCCUCUCUGUCGAGUGCGUCUCCAAUGGCGUCUUCCACGUCGUGGUUGCCUCGCCGGCGGUGGCGCGCUUCCUCCUGCGCUCCGGUCCCAAGCAUUGCGAGCGCUUUCAGCUUGGAUUUCACGCCUCCCUGCCUGCCGCCAGAGACGCUGCUGCCGCUGUCACCCUGGCCCCAACUCCCCCGCCGCCACGUAAGCGACGUGCGCGUCGCCGUAAACCUGCAUGGUCUCGCUUGCCCGCCUCCUCGGUAGGGUUUGGUGGCAAGAGUUUAAUUCCGCUCCCCCGCGCCGGAAACCUGGAAAGUUUACGCGCCUCGACCGCCGUCGCUCAGCCUGUCCCGUCCCCGUUUAAGGAAGCCGCGUCCGCCGCUGCACCCCUACCGCCCUACACCGGCGAGCCCAUGCAUCCUCCCCUCGAGCCCAACGCCACCAGUUAUGGCGCUCCCCCUUCUCCGGCUGCCAACCGCGUUGGAUGCUUCAAUGCUCCUGCCGCAACCCCCGCUCCGCGCUCCUAUUUGGACGUCGCCAGCUCGCCUCCCUCGCCGUGCCCUAAAACCCCUGCAGCCCCUUUCAAGCUUUUGAGCUUAGACGGCUGCUUUCGCUGCCUCUCCCCUCUGCACCUCGUUAGAGAGUGUCGCGACCCCAUCCGCUGCCGUGCUUGUGGCCGUUCUGGUCAUCGGCGCCGCGAGUGCACCAUGCCGUUCCCGCAACCCACCUUUGUUCCCACCGUCCGCACGCCGCGCCCCGCCGCCGCUGUGACUGCGCCACCCCGCCGUGUCACGCCUUACCCCUCCGCCCUGUCCUCGCCACUGUCCCCGUCCCCUUCCGCCCGGCGUGCCAGAUCCUUGUCGCCUCCUCGCCGCAUGGGGCCUCUGUUUGAGGUUGGGGAAUCCAGCCACCCGCCCAUUCCCGAGGAGGAGCGCCUCAUCCACGUUGUCGAGCCGCCGCAGCCUACCCGUGCUGAACCUGUUGGGUCGCUGGUCGAUGACGAGGAGGAGGUGGAGUCCGGCGACGACUCUGACGAGCCUCCGGAUGAGGUUUUCAUGCCUCCCGACGACAUGUUCACGGCCCGCUGCAUGGCGGUGGCGUACGUCGAAUUGCUGCCGCCGUUCACCUCCCCCGGCGCCGCCAUCGCCGAGGCCAUCUUCACCGAGCUCCCAGGGCUUCACGUCACGCUGGUCCCGUCCUCCCUCGGUGACAUGUACGCCAAAUUCCUGUCGGAGGAGGAGAGCUGGCCGUUCUCCACCAGCCUUUCCACCUUGACAGGGCUACCAUUCGCCUUGUGCGCGAGGAGGAAGCCGACCGCGUCCCCUGUGACAUGUAGUGGGUCGCUCUCGUCGUGGUUCGGAGAGUGCCGGCGGAGCACCUGA